AUGGCAACUGCUGAACAAGAGAACAGUGACCUUAGGGAGGAGGUUGGUAACCUCAAGGAAGGUAUGGAGAAAAUAACCGCAAUGAUGAUUGACAUGAUGGCCGCACAGGCACAAGCCUCUCAAGCGCAAAAUGCUCAGACCACUCAGGCACAUGUUGAAGCUUCUCAGUCUGCUGGUUCUCCUGCAAUCCAGCCAAUUCCUACUACUUCUGCUGAUACUUCACAACCAAUUCCUACUGGUUCCACCGCAGCUGUUGGUACUACACAACCUUUGGUGACUGACAUGUACAAUUCAGGCUUCCAUCCCGUUGGACCUUCCGGUUUCUCUUUCCCUCCUCAGUACUGUAUGCCGCCAGGCUACCCGUGGGGCAUGCCACUCGCAACUAAUGAAGGUUUUCGUCAUAAUGCGCCGGAAAUGCAGUUCCCUCUUGGCCAGCAACAAACACCGUUCUACCAGACCGGCCAGCCUUUUCCUCAGGCUACUAUGACUUAUGCCGGACCCCUCGUGCAUGCUGCUCAGCAAGAGGAGGAACAAGUGUACCAUUCCAAUAGUGUGGCUGGUGAUGAUAGAGUGGGUAACUUAGAAGAAAAGUACGAUGCGGUACAUAAAGAGUUGAAGAGUAUCCGGGGUAAGGAAGUGUUUAGCCAUAAUUUGAAUGACCUCUGCUUGGUUGCGGAUGUGGUUAUACCUCCUAAGUUUAAAGUGCCGACCUUUGAGAAGUACACGGGGAAUACUUGCCCUGAAAUUCACUUAAUCAUGUAUGUUAGGAGGAUGACGGCUCAUAGGAAGAAUGAACCUCUACUCAUCUACUGUUUUCAGGACAGUUUGGCUGGUCCCGCACUCACAUGGUAUAUGAAUUUGAAGGGUAUCACUACUUUUGAGGAAUUGGCUAAUGCCUUCAUCCAGCAGUAUAAAUAUAACUCUUAUCUGGCCCCUAACCGGAAAGAGCUGCAAGCUAUGACUCAGGGUGAUAAGGAAUCUUUCAAAGAGUAUGCCCAGCGCUUCAUUCAGAAAUCUGCUCAAAUUCGUCCGCCUUUGGAAGAAAGAGAAGUGGCUGAUCUGUUCUAUGAGACUCUGAGCCCUUUCUACUCAGAGAAGAUGCUUCUUUGUGCUUCACAGAAAUUUACCGACAUGGUAGACGCGGGUGUUCGUAUUGAAGAAUGGGUCCGUAAGGGACGGGGUAGUAAAGAUGGUGCCUCUUCAGGUGGUUAUUCAGGAAGUUUGACAGGUGGAUCAUCUAAUGGUAAUAGGAGGUUCGGAAAUGGGUACCCAAAGAAGAACGCUCCAGAGGUCGGCAUGGUGGCUCAUGGUGGAUCCCAACCUGUAUACCCCAACUACCCCUACAUUGCUAAUAUUCCAUUACCCAUCCCAGCUCCACAAAACCCAAACUAUCAACCACGAAGGCCUCAAGCACCCCCGCCUUAUUAUCCACCACUAUAUCAAUCACAACCUUAUCAGCCACGACCAUUUUAUCAACAACCUUAUCCUCCACCACAACAACAACAACAGCCUCGUCAGCCUCGCCCUCCAAGAAAUCAAUUCCCUCCUAUCCCCAUGAUGUAUAGAGACUUGUUACCCUCCCUACUCGCUAGGGGUCUUGUUCAGAUUAAACCACGUCCCCCGGUACCGAACCCUUUACCUCAUUGGUAUCGCCCAGACCUUACUUGUGAAUUCCAUCAAGGGGCACCAGGGCACGACAUUGAGCACUGUUACCCUCUCAAAGACGCAGUCCAAAGAUUGAUUCACAGUAAGGACUUAUCAUUCACUGACCCUGACCCUGUUGCUCCAAACAACCCUCUGCCACCUCAUGGGCCGACCGUUAACAUGAUUGAGAAUUAUCAGGAAGAUGAUCUCGUCACCAACGCUCAAGAUGUCAGAACCCCGUUGGUUCCAAUGCAUGUGAAGAUGUGUAACGUAGGUAUGUUUAGCCACGAUCAUAUCAAUUGUGAGGUAUGUUCUGCGGAUCCCCACGGGUGCAUUCAAGUUCAAAAUGAUGUACAAGGGUUAAUGGAUCAAGGAGAGCUGGUUGUCACAAGAGAAGAUAAGAACAUUUGUGUUGUAAUUCCUGUGUUUAAGGAUAGGACGAAACCAAUUGGUGUUGUUACUCCGAUAUUCAAAGACAAUGCCAAGACAAUUGUCGAUCCUUUGGCAAUUUGUGUGCCAAAACCCAAGCUGUUUUUCUCCCAGAAGGCUAUUCCAUAUAGCUACGAAUCUACAGGCAUAAAGGAUGGUAAAGGGGUACUUUUGGGUCCUUCAACUUCAGUAGAUAACAUUGCUGAGAGUAGUCAAAUUCUGAGAAGUGGACGUAUUCUUCCGGCUGUUGUACAAGCAAAGAACAAAGCUCCAGUGAUACAAUCAGUACCAAUACCAGAUCCUAGCAAGGGUAAAAGUGUGGGUCAACCUAGUGGAACUGAUAACGAUGAAAUUUUGAAACUGAUCAAGAAAAGUGAUUAUAAGAUAGUGGAUCAGUUAUUACAGACUCCAUCCAAGAUUUCUAUCAUGUCACUAUUGACAAGUUCUGAUGCUCAUAGGGAAGCCUUGAUGAAAGUAUUGAAUCAAGCCUACGUAGACCAUGAUGUGACUUUGGAUCAAUUUGGGAGCAUUGUUGGAAAUGUGACGGCAUGCAACAACCUGAGUUUCAGUGAGGAAGACCUCCCGGUGGAGGGGAAAAAUCAUAACAUGGCCUUACAUAUCUCUGUUACGUGCAAAACAGAUUCUCUGUCCAAUGUCUUGAUAGACACUGGUUCUUCCCUCAAUGUGAUGGCGAAGACAACCUUUGAUAAAUUGACGUAUUCAGACGGAUUUAUUAGGCCCAGUUGCGUGUCGGUAAGGGCAUUUGAUGGAUCCAGGAAGACGGUGUGGGGAGAAAUAGAUUUACCUAUCACUAUUGGGCCCCAAGAGUUUAAAGUUACAUUCCAGAUAAUGGAUAUUCAAGCUUCCUACAGCUGUUUACUAGGUAGACCAUGGAUUCAUGAAGCAGGGGCAGUAACAUCCACUCUUCACCAAAAGCUAAAGUUUGUGAGUCAUGGAAAGCUUGUUACAGUGAGUGGGGAAUCAGCUCUUUUGGUUAGCCAUUUGUCGUCCUUUUCCUUCAUUGGUGGUGAAAGUCUGGAUGGAACGUCAUUCCAAGGGUUCUCGGUUGAAAGUGGUACUACAAAAGGUGAAACAUGCAUGGCCUCUCUAAGGGAUGCUCAGAGAGUAAUCCAAGAAGGAAAAGCGGAAGGCUGGGGGCAAUUAGUACAGUUGCCCGAGAACAAGCGCAAAGAAGGUUUGGGUUUCUCUGGCAAUAAGCAAGUGGUGUUCGACCCAACUAGGGGCACUUUUCACAGUGCCGGAUUCAUUAAUACACCACCUGAGACUAAUGCAAUUUUGGAAGAUCAAUCAGAAGAGGUGGCACCUGACUUUGUGACUCCUGAUGGAAAUUGCUGCAACUGGAUUGCUGUUGACAUCCCUUCUGCGAUACCUUUUUCUAAACUAAGCAUAAGUGAGCCCGUUGAACGUAGUGACCCUAUGCUUCCGCCCAACUGGGAGUUCCCUGUUUAUGAGGCUUGGGUAGAGGAGGAUGAAGAGAUUCCUAAUGAGCUCAGAUGGAUGUUAGAACAAGAAAGAAAAGCCAUUCAGCCUCAUAAGGAAGAAAUAGAAUCGAUCAACCUGGGUACUGAGGAAGAUAAGAAAGAGAUUAAGAUUGGAACGUCAUUAGAGGCAUCUGUCAAGAAUAGGAUAAUUGAGCUUCUCAGAGAGUAUGAUGAUAUAUUUGCGUGGUCCUACAAAGACAUGCCGGGGUUAGACCCUAAUGUUGUUGAACAUCGUUUGCCUCUAAAGCCCGAGUGUCCUCCAGUCAAGCAGAAGUUAAGAAGAUCUCAUCCAGAUAUGGCUCUCAAGAUCAAAGAGGAAGUGCGAAAGCAAAUUGACGCAGGUUUCUUGAUUACCUCUGAAUAUCCUCAAUGGUUGGCCAACAUAGUGCCCGUUCCGAAGAAAGAUGGUAAGGUCAGAAUGUGUGUUGACUAUCGGGAUUUGAACAAAGCUAGUCCGAAGGAUGAUUUCCCUUUACCUCACAUUGAUGUAUUGGUUGAUAGUACUGCUAGAUGCAAGGUGUUCUCCUUCAUGGAUGAGUUUUCCGGGUAUAACCAGAUCAAGAUGGCUCCGGAAGAUAGAGAAAAGACGUCUUUCAUCACGCCAUGGGGCGCUUUCUGCUACUUAGUAAUGCCAUUUGGAUUGAUAAAUGCUGGCGCCACUUACCAGAGAGGCAUGACUAAAAUAUUCCAUGAUAUGAUACAUAAAGAGAUUGAAGUAUAUGUGGAUGAUAUGAUUGUCAAGUCAGGCACUGAAGAAGAACAUGCUGAUCAGAAAGGUAUUGAAGUAGAUCCCGACAAAGUCAAAGCUAUCAGGGAAAUGCCGGCUCCAAAGACAGAGAAACAAGUUAGAGGCUUUUUGGGAAGAUUGAACUACAUCUCCAGAUUCAUCUCCCAUAUGACUGCCACAUGUGGGCCGAUAUUCAAGUUACUCCGUAAAGAUCAGGGGAUCGUUUGGACGGAAGAUUGCCAGAAAGCUUUUGAUAGCAUCAAAGGGUAUUUGUUAGAACCUCCGAUUCUGGUCCCUCCAGUUGAAGGAAGGCCUUUGAUCAUGUACUUGACUGUGUUGGAUGAUUCUAUGGGCUGCGUGCUUGGUCAACAAGACGAAACUGGAAAGAAAGAGCAUGCCAUUUACUACUUGAGUAAGAAGUUUACUGAUUGUGAGUCCCGAUAUUCUAUGCUUGAGAAAACUUGUUGCGCUUUGGCAUGGGCCGCUAAGCGUCUCCGUCACUACAUGGUUUACCACACUACUUGGUUGAUAUCCAAAAUGGAUCCGAUCAAGUACCUUUUUGAGAAGCCGGCGUUAACAGGAAGAAUUGCUCGUUGGCAGAUGUUAUUGUCUGAAUAUGAUAUUGUGUAUCGCACUCAGAAAGCCAUCAAGGGUAGUGUUCUUGCUGACCAUUUGGCUCAUCAACCAAUUGAAGACUAUCAGCCUAUCAAGUUUGAUUUCCCAGAUGAAGAGAUCAUGUAUUUAAAGAUGAAAGAUUGUGAUGAACCGUUGUUUGGUGAAGGUCCUGAUCCAGACUCUAAGUGGGGUUUGAUUUUUGAUGGAGCCGUCAAUGUCUUUGGUAAUGGAAUAGGGGCAGUUAUCCUUACUCCUAAAGGUACUCACAUCCCUUUCACUGCAAGACUCCGGUUUGAUUGCACGAAUAAUAUUGCAGAAUAUGAAAUCAAAGGAAAAUGGGAAACUCACCAUGCUGGAAUGAUACCUUACAGAGACUAUGCCAGACGUUUAUUGACCUUCUUCAACAAAGUAGAGUUGCACCACAUUCCUCGGGAUGAGAAUCGAAUGGCAGAUGCCCUAGCAACUUUAUCUUCAAUGAUCAAGGUGAAUCGAGGCAACGACGUGCCUCUAAUCAGUGUCAAGUUCCUUGAUAGGCCCGCUUAUGUGUUUGUAGCCGAAGCAGUUUUUGAUGAUUAG